AUGCAAGACCCUGGAGGGGUGCCGGGGUGGCCGCCUCCAGGCCUCUUUGGCGGCCCGGCGUUCGGCCUGGAGGCGGGUGGCUACGGUUUACAGGGAGGGCAGCAGGGGCUGCCCCACAAUCCGUCUGCCGGCUCCCUGGCGUCGCUACUGGACGGGCGACCGCUCGGGGAUGCGGCAGCGGCUGCCGCGGCGCAAGGCCAUCUCACCGGCCUCGGACUGCCUCUAGGCGUGGCUGAGGGCGGCACGCCAGGCUCCGCGGCGGGGGGCGACCAGGCGUCCUCCCUGGGGCGCUUUGCAGCGCCCGACCUCGCAUCGCCGCCGAGCGCGUCCGACCCCGCACCCCUGGGCAGCUACCCGGGCGCGCAGCUCUCGCACCAGCAGCUGCUCGCGGCGGCGGCGCCGGCGCAGCAGCAGUGGCGCGACGCGGCGGCGGCGGGGCGGCCGCUGCGCGGGCGCGUCGGGAGCGUCGCGUCCAUCAGUGAGGAGGAUCUGUUCAGCAGCACCGGCGGCCUGGAGAUCGGCCACGACGCAGGUUCGGCCCCCGCCGACCCGCCGCCGCCGCACGAGGCGCUCGCGCCCGCCGACGCGCCGUCGCGGACGCUGUUCGCGCGAAACCUUCCUCCGGAGGUUUCGGACGAGGAGCUGCAGCAGCUGUUUGCGGCGCACGGGGAGCUGCGGUCGCUGUACACUGCUUGCAGGCACCGGGGUUUCGUCCUAGUCAGCUACUACGACCUGCGCGCCGCGGUGCGCGCCGCACAGCUGCUGCAGGGCACGCCGCUGGGCGGGCGGGCGCUCGAGAUAUCUUUCGCCGCGCCGAAGCCUGGCGCGGGCGUGCCCCGCGUCAGCGGCGGGGCGGCGGCGGAGGGCGGCGGCGGCGGCAGUACACCGCAGUCCGCGGCCGCGGCGGUGGGCGGGCAGCUGAACCAGGGGGUGAUCGUGGUCUACAACCUCGACCCAGACACCACCAACGAGCAGCUGGCCUGGAUAUUCAAUAGGUUUGGGGAGGUAAAGGAAAUCCGGGAGGCCGCGGCGCGCGGCAAUCAGAAGUUCAUCGAGUUUUACGACGUCCGCCACGCAGCCGCCGCGCUGCGCGCGAUGAACCGUGCCGAGCUCUCAGGCCGUGGCCCGCUGCCCGGCGGCGGCGGUGGCAGCGGCGGCACGCCGACGGCGGCCGCGGCGCCGGAGCAGCAGCAGGGCGGCGGGGGCGGCGGCGCGGCGGCGGCGCAGGCGCUGGCGAUUGCGGGCGCUGCGCGGUCCGCGGCGGCGCGCGGCAUGGUGCGGCCGGCAUCGCAGGCC